GUGUGAUUGAAAAAGGUCACACACUAACCUUUGAAUAUUACACAAGAGGGCUCCAAGCACAUCGAACUGAGCGCCGCGCUAUGAAGUUUUUCCUAUUGAUCGUGGUGGUUAUCCUGGUUUGCGUGUACGUGGAGGGGAAAACCUCAUCAUCGACUCCGUGUAAGGUUCCUCAUCAGUUUGUUGGAAAUUAUGGCAUUUACAAACAUACUCACGAUGGGAACAACACUGCCAACACUGGCCUGAUGUAUUUUGACGGAGACAAUCAACGCAUUCGAGUCGAUAUCAUCUCAAAAGGUGUUCCGUACAAAAUUGUACAACUCUACACAGAGAAAGUUCAGUACGUGAUGUUCAAGUACAAGGGGAAAGAUAUGUGUAUCAUUCUGCCAUUCACCAAGCCUUUUACGCCAGUGGAAAUUCCCUCGACUAGCCUGGAACUAGAGCAUGGGCGGAUCGGCUCCGCUAAACAUGGGCUGGACGUUAGACGCUUCUACGGCACAAAGGACGGUGUCCAUUUCAUCGUUACGGUGACCGCGGAUGAGUGCAUGGUGACGGAUACGGUGGCUCGUGUGCCGAUGCAGUUCAUAGCCUACUUCAGCCUGACAAACAUCUCGCGCUUCGAGGUGACGGACGCGGACUACGCGCACCCGAGCGACUGCAAGCCUGUCGGACACGCACCUGAGCACCACGCGAGAAUGGCUAGAGAAGCGCCUUCGGAGUUCAACUGAGCAUGCGCAUAACAAACCAGCUUGGAUUAUAAAGGCAGACGAUAAAGUCUUACCCGUGUAAUAUUCUUCUGGCAUUCUGUUCUAUAAUUCUAUAAUUCAUUUUAGUUAAUUGAUUGUGUAUUUCAAGUGGUAAUUUAACUAAAAGACGUCCAUGCAUUGA